AUGGCACUCUUACCUUGGCGGCUAAUUUGUUUCUUCCCGGGUCAACCCGGUCCGCCCACCUUCCGACCAGUCUCCACCUUCUCACUCCGGUUCAAACCAGUAGACCGCUUCUUCCGGUUCGAGCGGGGAGCCUCUCGUGCUUUAGGGACCCCCGCCGCGGAGAGUGCGUCACCCAUUUUCACCAAUCGCCGUCCUCCCUUCUUCCCUUCCGGAGCCGCAGCUGGAGAGCAACGGCCACUGAUCGGCGGGGCCUCCUCGUCCGAGUCAUCCAGAAUCAGCCGUCGGCGGCGAACUUCCGCCGGAUCCAGGAAGCAUUUGCGCUCCACUGGCAGCUCCGCCGUGAGACCAGCAUCGAUAGCAACAAGGGAUUCGCCUGCCCCAUUUCCUGGGGAUGGGCUUGGGCAAGACGUUCUUGGCUUCUCCCCUCCUCCCCAUCACCCCGAGCAUCAUUCCUCCAUGGCUGUUGUUGCAUCUCGCGGUGAGGUCGAGCCUGGCGACCCAGCUGGAUCUUCGGCGCCCGCGGCAAAUGGAAGCCGCGAGGGCUCUGGCGGCGCACUUUCCCGGCCGGAGACGGCGCUACAGCCUUGCGCGGAUGGUCUGCCAGCUAGCGAGCCGGCCCCUGGACAGGCAGGACGUGCCUCUCCCCCUGAACAGUCCGCCCCUUUCCACCAUGGCCCUCCUGCUGCUCUUUAUAAGUUUGGUUGA